AUACAUACAAGAAGGCACGCCUUGCCGACCCUCGGUGCCUGACUCACAAUACCACAAAUUAUUGCAACCUAUUGCACCAUAUUAGACCACACACUUACUUGCACUUAUAACAACUGUCAAGAUGGUCUCAACAACGUUUUCUUCCCCUUUCCACCAACCAACCUCACCAUCCCCGCAAAACAAAAUGUCCAUCUCUCAGACUUACAUGAUGGCCCACAAGGCACGGGCAAAGCUCUCACGAGAGGCUGCCCAGCCCGACCACAAUCUCAGGCUCCUCGUUGGCCAUGCCAACCUCCUAGACUCUCUCAUGCUCGACCUUGCUGAUGCCGAACGGGAACAAGAAAGCUGGUUCAACCAGUCGGUUCGAGGUGCAUCUUCAAAGAGCGACGAGAGACACAUACAGUGGGCCGAUGCUAUCCCAGAACACACUGAGGAGGAUUGGGAAGCCGACUCUUCAGACUCCGACAGCGACGGCGAGGACUACGAGGACGACAUCGAGAUGGCAGAUGCAGUACCCCUACGAAGGAUACCAUCAAACACUAUUGUGCCCCCCUCACCACAACUAGAAGUCAUGGACGAGGAUGACUUCGAGGAGGACGACGAGGAAGAAGACUACGCACAUCUUUCUCUCACACGAUCACCUUCCCACUCUGCAAUCCCCACCUUCUCAGACAAGCCGAGAGAAACAUCAGUGACAACAUCAGAAUACUACGACGAUUCAAGACAAGACGAAGAUGACAACAAGGCCGACUUCUACAGCCAGGGGUUCUACCUCCCGCCAAGGAAUCCCGCACGGUUGAUAUCAGCGAUAUCAGUCUAUUAGGAAACAUUUCCACUCUUGUCAUUUUCAUUGGGUCACGAGGAUUCAUGAGAAGUCUUGUCUCAUUUCUCUCUGCAUCUGGGCGGCGUUACAAAAUACCACUAUAGCGACAUU